GACAGCAGGUGGAAGCGUUUCCUUAGUGUGGUUCUCAAUGGAUACAGUGAAGGGCUUGGGUGGCCUCCACAGAGGAAGGGCUUUGACAACAGGGUCAGUAUUGUCACUGCUGAAGGUACUCUUGCUGCUGCUGCCCUCCCCAUUGCCAGCCAGUGCUGGAAAUAAAGAGAAAAAACAUAACAAUACAUUAGUCAUAGGCAUGAGAUUGGAGAGCACGGACAAACCAGUGGCCAAUGCCAUGAAAAAUGGCAUCAUACAAGUAGUGGAGGGAAGCAACAUCCAGCUCAAGAUCUUUGGGCAGGACUUCAAUGUGCAGACCUGGGAAGUAGUCUACUUUGCUGAGGUUCCUGAAUUCCAUAAUGCCUCCUGCAAUAAAAUGAGCAGUGACUUGGUGGUAAAGUCAUCCAUUGAUGCCAUACAGGAGGCUUCUGUGGUGCUGAAUGUGGCAGUUGAGACCCUGAGGAAGCCAGCCAAAUUCAAAACCUAUAUGAUGUGUCUUGAUCUCCCUGAGCCACAGCCAUGGAAGUUCACUAACAAGGAUUUAUUCAUCCAAGUGCUUAAGGAAGAGAAACCGCUCCUGCCUCAUUGGUUACUAAUCUGCUCAAUCUUUGUCCUCGUAGGGCUUUCGGGCAUGUUCAGUGGCCUCAACCUGGGCCUGAUGUCAUUGAAUCCCAUGGAGCUGCGCAUUGUGCAAAAGUGUGGCACAGCCAAGGAGAGGAAAUAUGCCACCAGGAUUGAACCCAUCCGCAGGAAAGGCAAUUACUUGCUGUGCUCUUUACUGCUCAGCAACAUUUUAGUCAACAACUGUCUCACCAUGUUGUUUGACACCAUCAUUGGCAAAAACAUCCUGGCCAUCCUAGCCUCUACCGUUUGCAUUGUCCUCCUUGGAGAGAUUCUCCCCCAGUCCAUCUGCUCUCGUCAUGGCUUGGCUGUGGGGGCCAACACCGUUGGGAUCAUGAGGUUUGUCAUGAUUGUGACAUUUCCACUCUCUUACCCUAUCAGCAGAUUCCUGGACUUUUUGCUUGGCAAAGAAAUGGGCACCAUCUACAAUCGAGAAAAGCUGAUGGAGAUGCUGAAGCUGACAGCAUCUAACGACCUGAUGAAGGAGGAGUUGAACAUUAUCCAGGGGGCUCUGGAGCUGAGGAACAAAACAGUGGAGCAUGUCAUGACUCCAUUACAGGACUGCUUCAUGAUCAACAGCAAUGCCGUCCUGGAUUUCAACACAAUGACUGAGAUCAUGGAGAGCGGCUACACUCGCAUCCCCAUUUAUGAUCAGGAUAGGUCCAAUAUUGUGGAUAUGUUAUAUGUCAAGGAUCUGGCAUUCGUUGACCCUGAUAUCAGCACCCCUCUCAAGACUAUCACAAAGUUUUAUAACCACCCAAUCCAUUAUGUCUCCCACAGUACCAAAUUGGAUGAAGUGCUUGGAGAAUUCAAAAAAGGUAAAUCUCACCUGGCCAUUGUCCAGAAGCAGAAGGAAGAUGACAAUGAAUCCAUCCAUGAUGUGAUGGGUGUGGUGACCCUGGAGGAUGUGAUUGAGCAAAUCAUCAAUUCGGAGAUCAUGGAUGAAUCCAAUCUCUACGCUGAAAGUUGCACCAGAAAACGAAUCGUCUACUCAAGGAAAUGGGAUUUCUCUGCCUUUAAGGACAGUGACAGUGAUGUCAAAGCAAAGAUCAGCCCUCAGCAACUACUGGCUGCAGUCCGCUUUCUCUCCACAGAGGUGGUACAAUUCUCCCCAGUCCUCAUUUCCGAGAAGUAUCUGCUGCGUCUCCUUAAGCACCGUGAUGUCAUCUGCGAGCUGAAGCUCAGCGAAGAGAACAAGAAUGUCCCUCCCCGUCUCUAUUUGUACCAAAAGAAUAAGCCGGCCAAUUACUUCAUUCUCAUCUUGCAGGGGAAGGUGGAGAUAGUAGCUGGCAAAGAAAACAUUAAGUCUGAGAAUGGGCCUUUCUCUUACUUUGGGGCAAUGGCCCUGAGCUCAUCUCUUGUGGCAGAAUCCAGCUCCAUGGGUCACCUGAGCAAUAUCAGUCCCCAGACUUCAAUUAGCCACCAGGACCAUCAGGAUCACAUGACACGAACCUUCAGAAGUAGUAUAACCAACAACUUUGUCCUCCCUAGCCCCAGCAAUUUCCAGUACAUGCCGGACUUCAGUGUCUGUGCCCUCACUGACCUACUCUAUGUGAAGAUCACUCGGGAACAAUACCAGAAUUGUAUGUUGGCCUCACUAACAGAAAGCAACUCUGCAGCAGAGAAUCGAUUUCGAGAUCAAGUUGAGACCAUCUCUGAACCUGAGCCUCUCUAAACCCAGCCUCUUUAGUGGCCUGUCCUAGUCUGUCCCAGGGCUCAGCCAGCUCCUCCCCAAGACAAGAAUGAAGGGAAAUUUGCGUCAAAGUGAGAAUAGCUCUGUGAUUAGAACAGACCACGUGGACCAGAUUCCAAAACAUAUGCCUGCUUCUCCCAGUAGUGUGAGCAGUAACAGAUUUUACUUUGCUGUCCUUUAUUUCCUUAAGAUGAUCAAUAGUCAGCACCAUGAUAAGAAACACAAGACUGUGUUUGUUUUGCCUCCUCUUCAUCCCCACUACAUCUCUGUUUUUGUGUCUUUCCAGAUAGGAAUCAACUGCAGGAUGCUCAAAGUGUUCACACAGGUUCCCAGCACUAUCUUACUCCCUACAGACAUGUGUCAGCAAACUUCUGUAUAACUUCCUGGCACAAUAUCAUCCUUCGUAAAUAUUAACUUCAAAUGACUUAUUUAAUGCAUAAAAAGACAUUAAAAUAACUUACAAAUUAUUCUGUAACCAAGCAAACAUUUCAGUCUAAUACAUCAUCCUUAGUGCUCUAUUUAGCAUGCAUGCUGAAUUUAGCAUGCAUGCUGAAGGCACUUAAAAACAGAAGCUGAGAACCGAAAGUAGCAAACCAAUAAUAAAUAACCCAUGAGGGAGGAGAGGGCAGAGCUUUUGCAGAUAUAAUAUUAACUCUUCCAGUGGCCAAUGGUUCUCAUGGCUUCUUCCAUCUCAUCUCAUCCUUAACAUUAAUAUUAGGUCUCAAUUGUUCUAUGAACAUUGCCUCCCUGAUUAUUAAAUUCCCUUCAACAGCUAAUAGUGCUACUUUUGUUUUGGUCACUCUGAUCCCUCCAUUCACAACAAUUAUAAUACAACUGUAUGUCUUUGGAGCAGUGCAAUGCAUAUUUAAAAGGAUAACAAUGCAUCUUUGUAAAUAUGCCAAGCAUGGGGCAUCACACAAUUUUUGCAGCUCUUCUUGCAGGCCAGCUCUUGCAUUCUGAGAAGAACCCACCCUUUUAGUUACUACUUUUGUGGUGAGAGAUUGUUCUUGGAAUGUAAGAUGGUGGCACUGCAAGAAUCAUACAAAGUGCCUGCUUGGCAUGUACAGAGAACAAGACUGGAUUACGAUGGAGUGUGGAAGCAUGCAGCAGCAUGUGUACACGGUAUAAGAUAAAGAGCUUGGAACUUGGCUUGCACAAAAGUUUGAAUAUCUUGCAACUUAUCGCUAUCUGGAAAGACCCUUCGUUAUUACUGGCUCAGGGUACAGUCAAAGGGUACAGGAUACAGGGUACAGGAAGUUCUGCUCCAUUGAAAUGAAUGGGAGCUGAAAGCCCAAUGGCCAUCCAUUUACUGCACAAGCAGACCUGCUCAUUUCAGUGGAGAUUACACAGGAGAACAUUCCAAAAGAUUGGACCCACAGGAGAGAGUAAAAACAUCCACUUGCUAUUUUAAAAUGCUUCAAAUUUGACUUGUGGUUGAUAAGUAUGUUCACUAGAUUUCUUGUGCUUUCUUUCCUGUUUUGUUUUAUUUUUUGCAAAAUACAAAUGCAAUACAAAAAUCAUAGAAAAAAAUAAUAAAAUGUAAAAAAUAAAUAUUUUGAAUAAAUUCUUUAUUUUUAAAAAUUUACCUCCAGCCUCACCUCUUCUCUGGCUGGGUCUAGGACAACUCUUUGCGGCAAACUCUCUGCAGCCAACUCACUGUGAGACACCUCAACACGGCCGACUCACUGCAGGGACAACUCAGUGCGAAUCUUCGACAAACACUUCAAAGCAGCUUCCUGUUCUCCAACAAACCCGAUAGUGUCCUGCACUUCAAAGCAGUUCCCUGCUCUCUCAAUAGGGAUGGGAAGUGGGCGAAGGAGGCGAAGAGCAGCCCACUUCUGCCAGCAACCCGCAGACACGCAAUUAUUACUUUAUUCGAAUUAGAGUUUAAUAGAAUGUCUCCUCCUACCUCUGGGGUACAAUACAUCAGAAGGCAGCUCACAAAAAGGUAAACAAACCCAUAAACAGUUACAUGAAAAUAUUUGGUCCAACAUGCUAAAACACAAAUGAUAAAAAUCAAGUUAAACUUAACACGGGGGACUAAAAACAAAGUAAAUUAAAAGUCUAAUGACAUUUUCGUUAAGCUAUUUGAUAAUUGUGAGCUAUGGCACGCAAGUAUUCUAUGCGCCUUCUAUUGCCGUAAUUGGACACAAUCUUUGAAAGAUGCUCAUCUGUUUUGAGACAUUUCUUCAUCUUGACUGGAGGACUGUGGCCUGAAAUGAACUGUUCGUAACAGUUGAAGAUUUGUAUUGAGUUGUCCCUGCAGUGAGUUAGCUGUGUUGAGGUGUCCCACAGUGAGUUGGCUGCAGAGAGUUGGCUGCAGAGAGUUGUCCCAUUCCCCCUCUGGCUAGGCUGGAGGCAAGGCAAAGUUGGAGGUUGGAGGUGAAGUGAGGUGAGGUGAGGGUGGAGGGGAGCAACAGUCCCAUCUCCCAACUGAAUUCUUUUUUUGUGCGUUGUUUUUUGUUUUUUUACAAAAUACAAAUUCAAUACACAUAUGUAUAUGUAUGUAGCUAGAUAGAUAGACAGAUAUAGAUAUAUAGAUAGAUAAUCAAAUGUAAAAAAUAAAUAUUUUGAAUCAA